UAGUUUUCUAUGCUAAGGCCCUGUUCCCACUACGCCGGACCGGCAGACCUGCCGGAAACCGGACACCGGACAGAGUGUUCACAUUACAUCGGAUCCCGGAAGAAAUUCAGACAGUCAAGUACUUACCUCAGUUGAAUUUGGACCUGCGCGCACAAUGGACGACGAAAUUGUUGUGUUGUGGUGGUAUCUUAAUAGAAGGCAAAAUAAAAGAAAACAUUGGGUACACCCUAUUUUACGGGAAAGAUUUUCACUUGGAACAUUUGAAACAUUAAUGGGUGAACUUAGAAGAGACGAAUCAAAGUUCUUCAAUUAUUUUCGAAUGACAGCAACCACUUUUGACGAUUUACUGGGACGACUAGACAUAAGAGUACGAGAUACAAGUUUCAGAGAAUGUAUUUGCCCAGAACAAAGAUUAGCCAUAUGUCUAAGAUAUUUAGCUUCAGGAUGUUCAUUCAAAGAAAUACAUUACUCAUACAGAGUAGGCGUUUCGACAAUAAGUAAACUAAUAAAAGAAAUGACCCACGUCAUUUGGGAAAACCUAAAGACAGAUUUCCUUAAGCUGCCUGAUACUGAGAGAGAAUGGGAGGACAUCGUUUCAGGAUUCGAAAGAAAAGCCAACUUUCCUCACUGUCUUGGAGCAGUAGAUGGCAAACAUAUCAGAAUUUUGAAACCAGCCAAGAGUGGUUCUAUGUUCUUUAAUUACAAGGAGUAUUAUUCUUUUGUAUUAAUGGCAGUUGUCGAUUCAGAGUACCGAUUUAUUUUUAUUAGUGUGGGCUCAUAUGGCAAGGAAUGCGAUUCUACUAUAUUAAAGGAUAGUACAUUUUGGCAAAAGAUCAAUGAUGGUACUUUAAAUGUACCAAAGCCUAGACCGCUUCAUGAAAACUUGCACGAAGAAUUACCGUUUAUACUUAUUGGCGAUGAAGGCUUUGCUUUAACACCUAAUCUCCUACGUCCAUAUGGAGGUACACAUUUGAAUACUGAUAAAAAGAUUUUUAACUAUAGACUAAGUCGAGCAAGAAGGUAUGUUGAGUGCGCUUUUGGUAUUCUGGCAAAUAAGUGGCGAAUAAUCCAUCGAGCUAUAGAUCUGAACGUAGACACAGCAAUUCAAGUAAUUAAAGCUUGUACAGUCUUACAUAAUUUUGUAAGAGAAAAAGAUGGUAUAAAUUUUGAAAGUUACCAAAAUAUAGAACAUAGACAAGAACAAGAAACGACACCCAUGAAUCGGAAUGUGUCAAGUCGAGGUGGCCCUAAUGCCAACGCUAUACGGACAUCAUUUACUAAUUAUUUUGUUUCGGAUAUUGGUUCCGUUCCGUGGCAGGCAGCAGCUAUAAAAUAAAAUUUAUCAAUGCAUUUACAUUUUAUCAAUAAAACAUUAAAAACUCACCGUACUGUUUUCUUUCUUUUUCAUCCAGUUCAUCGAAGUUUGGUUUCAGUAUUAAACAUACUUCACGCCAUGCUGCUAACUUUAAGAGCCCUCGCACAUUACGGCCACCAGUCGCCGCCACUAAACGCGACCACCAGUAGUUCGGCUAGACCACUACACGCCGCCACCAGUGGCAGCCACUAGUGGCCGCAUCAAGCCACCAGUGGCUGCCACUUGCGUCAGACACUAGCUGCAAGUAUCUCGACAGAGGUAGACGUGUGUUGCCCAAGAAUGGACGCACUCUUGAUUUCGCUAUUGUUGCUUAUUAUUCUAAAACGUAGAAAACGGCGCCGAAUUCAGAACCAUCGACGACCAAUUCAUCGGCGUCACUGGGUACAUCCAAUUCUGACAUCACGCAAUAAAAAUGGACAGCACAAAUUGCUGUUCGAAGAGUUAAAAUGUUAUCCAGAUAAGUUCUUCAAGUAUUUUAGAAUGAGCGUGAACUCAUUCAAUGAAUUACUUAGCGUUUUGCACGAUGACCUCAAACAUCAAGAUACACGCAUGAGAAAAAGCAUCUCUCCAACAGAAAGGCUGGCUAUAACUUUAAGGUACCUUGCUACUGGUUGUUCAUUUGGUGAUUUUGAAUUAGUAUAUCGAUGUGGUGCGUCAACUGCGAGAUUGAUUGUAAAAGAAACAUGUAAAUUGAUCUAUGCAUCACUUCAAGAUAUCUGCGUACCACAACCAACUGAAGAGAUGUGGAGUAAAAUAGCUAAGGGGUUUGAAGAAUAUGCUAACUUUCCAAAUUGCUGUGGUGCAAUUGAUGGAAAACAUAUAAGGAUUAUUAAGCCUCAAGAUAGCGGAUCCUUAUAUUAUAAUUAUAAACACUAUUUUUCCAUCGUACUUCUAGCUAUCUGUGACGUGAAUUAUAAGUUCACAUUUAUUGAUGUCGGCUCUUAUGGGAAAGCUUCAGAUUCGACUAUCUACAAAGAAUCGAAAUUAUUCAAAAAAUUGAAAGACCAAUCCCUGAAUUUACCUGCACCAAAAGCAAUUUCUAGUAGUUCUGGUCCUGUAAACUACUGUUUUGUUGGUGAUGAAGCUUUUGGUCUUGCAGAACACAUGUUGAGACCUUAUUCAGGAAAACACUUGAAUAUUGAAAAAAGAAUUUUCAACUAUAGGCUUUCUCGAGCCAGGCGUCAUAUCGAGUGUGCCUUUGGGAUAUUAGUGAAUAAGUGGAGAAUACUACAUCGACCAUUGAAUGUGUCAAUAGAUUUCGCCGAAGACAUCGUGAAGGCCUGUUGUAUACUACACAACUUUGUUCGUCAGAGAGAUGGAUUUAAUUUCCAUCAUACAUUGACUGUACCAGGACUUCACGAUAUCGAUAACGCCCACGUGCAAUCUCGUCGUUCAUUAAACACCAGAGAUAUAUUGAAAGAUUAUUUUAUUAGCAACGAGGGAGCUGUACCUUGGCAAAAUAAUAAAAUAUAAUAAAUAUAUAAUAAUAAUGUAAAAUAAAAUUGUCCAAAAACUUA